GUUGCGGGUUCUUUUGGUAUAAUUGCUGUGAAAAUGACUGACAACGUGCCCGUAGCCGAACUCGGAAAAUUGGAUUUAAACCAGCAAAAGGCAUGAUUUUGUACCAUUUUAAGACCAUUUCGUAAAAUUGAAUAGUAUGUUCGAAAAUGAGACUCUUGCCAGUGCUAUCCGGGAUUAAACACGUCGUUAAUUUGAGAUUAAAUAUCGGUAGUAGUUUGCUAAUUCGUCAACCAAUACAGCAACUGCAGCUAAAACAAACUCAACAUACUUUUACUACUCUGGCAAGCAAGAUGAAGAAAGAGAAACAGAAAAAUCAGGAGAAAGGAAGCGGAGCGAGCUCUACAGCUCCAAGUGAGAAACCCCUUCCCAAGUUUAUCGAUGAUCGCAUCAAACUUUACGAUGAGCUGAAAGCUCAGUACCUGGACGAAUUGGCCAAAAAACCAAAGAAUCCUAUUAAAGUAAUCUUGCCUGAUGGUAAAGAAGUGAGUGGCAUAAGCUGGGAAACUAGUCCCUACGAUGUUGCCAAAGGCAUCAGUCAAGGACUAGCAGACAAUACGGUCAUCGCUCGUGUGAAUAACGAACUCUGGGAUCUAGAUCGCCCGUUGGAAAGUGACUGUAAGCUGCAGUUGCUGAAGUUCGAUGAUCCUGAUGCACAGGCUGUAUUUUGGCACAGCUCAGCCCAUAUUCUCGGUGAAGCGAUGGAGAAUCAAUACGGUGGUCAUCUCUGUUAUGGACCACCAAUCGAAAACGGGUUCUAUUAUGAUAUGUUUCUAGAAGGUAGCGGAAUUUCCAAUCAAGACUACGGGGUGCUGGAGAGUGAAGUUAAGAAGAUUGUCAAAGAGAAGCAACCAUUCGAGCGCUUGGAGAUGAAAAAAUCAGAUUUAUUGAAAAUGUUCGAGUACAACCAGUUCAAACUUCGCAUUUUGAAUGAAAAGGUUACAACGGAUACAACCACUGUUUAUCGAUGUGGCCCGUUAAUUGAUUUAUGCCGGGGGCCACAUGUUCGCCACACAGGAAAAGUUAAGGCCCUGAAGGUCGUUAAGAAUUCCUCCACUUACUGGGAAGGUAAAGCCGAUGCAGAAACUUUACAGCGAAUUUACGGUAUCUCAUUCCCUGAUCCGAAGCAAUUAAAAGAAUGGGAAAAAAUUCAGGAAGAAGCUGCUAAACGAGAUCAUCGAAAGUUGGGCAAGGAACAAGAAUUAUUCUUCUUUCACGAGUUGUCCCCUGGAUCUUGCUUUUUCCAGCCAAAAGGGGCUCAUAUUUACAAUACGUUGAUGAAUUUCAUUCGUUCUGAAUACCGCAAGCGUGGCUUCCAGGAAGUAAUCUCGCCCAAUAUUUAUAACGCAAAGCUGUGGCAAACCUCAGGUCACUGGCAACAUUACGCUGAAAAUAUGUUCUCAUUCGAAAGUGAGAAGGAGACUUUUGCAUUAAAACCCAUGAACUGUCCUGGGCACUGUUUGAUUUUUGAUCACCGCAAUCGAUCCUGGCGAGAGCUGCCGCUACGCAUGGCUGAUUUUGGUGUUUUGCAUCGGAAUGAACUGUCCGGCGCAUUGACUGGUUUGACGCGUGUACGUCGUUUCCAACAGGAUGACGCUCAUAUUUUCUGUAUGCCGGAGCAAAUUCGCGAAGAGAUCACUGGAUGUUUGGACUUUUUACGCUACGUAUACGGGGUUUUCGGAUUUUCUUUCAACUUAGUGUUGUCAACACGCCCUGAAAAAUAUCUAGGCGAUAUUGAAGUUUGGAACGAGGCAGAGAAGGCUCUAGCAGAAUCGUUGGAUAAGUUUGGGCAACCUUGGAAAGAAAAUCCUGGUGAUGGUGCUUUCUAUGGUCCAAAAAUCGACAUAACAAUUAUGGAUGCGCUGAAGCGUAAUCACCAGUGCGCCACCAUCCAGCUGGAUUUCCAACUGCCUAUUCGAUUCAAUCUGAACUACGUUGACGAUACAGGCGAAAGGAAACGUCCGGUUAUCAUUCAUCGAGCUGUUCUUGGUUCGGUUGAACGUAUGAUCGCUAUCCUUACUGAGAACUAUGCUGGAAAGUGGCCGUUCUGGUUAUCUCCGAGACAAAUUAUGGUAGUACCGGUCGGUCCCCAGUAUGACGAAUAUGCCGAAAAAGUUCGUGAGCGGCUGUACAAUACUGGUUUUAUGGCUGAAGCUGAUUUGGAUGCCGGAGAUACUAUGAACAAAAAGAUUCGUAACGCACAGCUGUCGCAGUACAAUUUCAUACUUGUUGUUGGUGAGAAGGAGCGCAGCUCAGAAACUGUUAAUGUGCGCACUCGUGACAACAAAGUUCAUGGCGAAAUUUCAGUCGAUGAGCUGAUUGGCAAGCUGCGCCGGUUAGCGGAUGAGUAUUGUCUCGAAGAGGAUAAGUUUUAAAUGGGAAAAAAUGUUCGUCCAGUGCAUUUAGUUCAGUUCACUGCAGAGUUAGUUGAAUUCUUUGAGUUAAUUUCUAAACUGCGGCGUAAUUUAUUCAAAAUUUGCUUGACACAUAGCGUUUUCAAAAAUAAAGUAUUCAAUAAUAAAAA